AUGUCGAAGAAACCUCUUCGAUCGCAAGCAAGAAAUAUUGUUUUCAAUGUUUAUCAAAGAAUACUUGAUCGACAAGGUGCAGAACAUACACAAUCAUCGAUAUUGAGCCAUGUGCAAGCGUUGACUGGGAUUUCUAAUACUAUCAUAAGACGAAUUGUUGCUGAAAGCAGAUCUAACAGAGAAGUAUUUAGUACGCCCGGUAAAAAGAGGAAAGGUGGCAAAAAACAAAUAAACUUGGAUAGUUUUGAUUUAGUUUGGAUCAGAAACAAGAUGAAUGAGUUUUACACUGUACGAAAAGAAAUACCCACUGUCAUAAAAUUGCUACAAAUUCUUCGGGAGGAAAUCAAUUUCAAUGGAGGAAGAGAAUCAUUAAGACUUAUUUUGAGACAUCGGAUUCGAAUUUGUGAAGUGUCAAUCAAAAAGGAUUAUUUUAAUGGGGCGACAUGA